UUAAGUGUUGAACAUGAAUUCAGUCCAGUUGCAGUUACACACACUGGUUCUUGGCCUAGACAGAAGGUCGUCGAUCGACAUUCCCACUAAAAUGAUGCUGUCGUGUCACAAAAGUCCUCUGAAACUGAUUAUGUAAUAGUCUGGAACGACCGCGGAAAAGCACGGAGGCGCACUCAUGCACACAGUGUAACAGCAGACCAAACAUACGGGACAGCACAGUGUGAAAAUGUAAAUCAAUCAAACUGUACUAACUUCUGUUUCUUAUUGUAUUUGGCAGACAUAGCUCCGCUAGUAUCUUGUCUGCGGUUGAGAUAACAAAGUAUGACUUUGUUGUACUUUCGGUGGAUGGUUCCAAAGCAGAGUGGCAUGAAGGGAGAACCGGUCAGUUAGCAGACGAGUCUUUUGUCAGUGAUACGACUAUUGAUGCACUGGAAAUUUUGAUGCAGGGGGUUCCUGGCGUGCCCGGUCCACCGGGAAUUCGAGGUCAUACCGGUUCCCAAGGUCCUCCAGGCGGAUUAGGUGGUACUGGAGCAAAGGGUGAGAAAGGAGACGAGGGUGCAGUUGGUUCUACAGGCAAACAAGGCCUUCCAGGCUUAACCGGUCCUCCAGGUCCACCGGGUCCACAAGGUUCUCCGGGAAAAACUGGAUCAACAGGAGCGGUGGGUGUAAUCGGUCCAGCAGGUCCACCUGGCCCCCAAGGCUUACCUGGAAAGACUGGACCAGUAGGCUCUUCUGGGCCUAGAGGUGCUAGAGGAGAAACUGGACUACCUGGUCAGAAAGGAGAUAGAGGUCCAACAGGUCCGAGGGGCAUAGAGGGAUUGGAUGGUGUUCCAGGAUCUGCAGGUCCUGUUGGUACGCAAGGUCCGCAUGGGCCGAAAGGAGUAAAAGGAGCCAUUGGAUUGCCAGGAGCAAAGGGAGAGGCGGGACCGCAGGGCAUCGCUGGACCAGAGAUGAGUGAAGAUGUUUUAAAUCGCUAUUUUAACCCGGUCAAGGGACUUUUACAAAGGGUACAAGGACUGGAACAGUGGAAACUACAGUGGGUGGAAAGCAAAAUGCCGGUUGCUGCUUAUAUUAGAGGAUCAGGUUCAACCCACACUAUUUCAGGUGUAGUAAAGUACUGGUCGACGUCCAGUCCGUCCUUUUUGGUUGGCGGUAUCACUUACAGCAACGGAGCUCUUACAGUUCCAUCUGAUGGUAUUUACUAUAUUUACGUACAACUGCGCGUCAACAAGUCCAGCGGUACUGCGGCUCCAUACUUCCGCGUAAAUGGUGGAAGAGUGAUGUGGAUGUAUUACCGACUGAACGGUGGAGACAGAACAAAAUACAGCGGCAUUAUCCAAAGCUUAAAGAAAGGCGAUAGCGUUGACGUAUAUGGAAAUGGGUAUCCUUACUACAUGGAAUAUCAAAACUCGUUUUUUGGUAUGUUUAAGUUGAAUUGAAGAAUCUGUAUGGCGACAUCUUGCACUGGAAACUGCACUUUAGACUAGCAAUCAAACCAACAAUUGUGUAAAACUUGAUUGUAAUUUCUUAUAUAAUCUGAUGGUUACGCUGGUUUUGCAAGGAAUAUAUUUUCUUGUACAAAUU